CACCACCGACGCUCCACACUCCCAUAAAAACCCCGACCCUCGAACAUGCGACCUUCAGACCUCCGACUCUGCUCCUAUGGCUGACGUGAAGAGGGAGACCGACGGGCCCGAGCCCUAUUCCGCCUCCGCUUUCGACUUCACCCUCCUCCCCGACAUCGACAAUGACUUUGUCUCCGACGCCGACAUCGCCGAGUUCGCAAAGGCCCUGACAGCCCCGGAGAAUUCGCCAUCCACCGAAGACCUCACCGCCCCGCAACCAGAACCGCGCAAGUUCAUCACAGCGCUGAAUGACUGGAGACCGGUGCAUCAGCGAGUGCGGCGGCGGCGGAAACACAAAAAGCAAGAGCCGCGGCGCGGCACAGACGAGACCCGCGAGGGCUUUGUCUACGUGCUGCUGAAGUGGCCACUCCUCAUCGUCGUCUUCGGGUGGCUGCUAUUCCUGAGCAUAGCCUACGUCUUCACGCGACUUUACAUCUACCUCUACGAGCAGUGGGUGACCUGGCGGGGUCGCAGGCAGACACUACGAAGACAACUGCAGAAUGCAAGGACGUAUGAGGACUGGGUGAAGGGCGCGAAAGAACUAGACGCAUAUCUGGACAACGAUGCAUGGAAAGAGAAGCCCGAGUAUGCCUACUACGACAGCAGGACAAUCCGCAGAGUGCAUGACCAGAUGGUGAAACUGCGGCAGCGGGCUGAAUCGGAUGAAAAUGGGACAUCGAACGGAAAGGCCACAGCGGACCAUCAGAAGGCUGUCGAGGAACUACGUGGACUGCUCGAAGCCUGCAUCAAGAACAACUUCGUCGGCUUCGAAAACCCUAGGCUAUACAGCGAGACCUACUACGGGACGAAACACCUAGUGCAGGAGUUCAUCGAUGAAGCGGAGAAGUCGCUUUCGUUCCUCCUGCACACAUCGCAGCUCGAUCAGGAGACCAAAAGAGCCAUAUUCAAGCAUCUCAGCACCAACUUCGGACGCACGGCACUGUGCCUUUCCGGAGGUGCUACGUUCGCCUACUAUCACUUCGGCAUAGCUAAAGCUCUCUUGGACGCCGAUCUCCUACCGGAGGUCAUCACGGGUACUUCAGGGGGGGCUCUUGUGGCGGCUCUAUUGUGCACAAGAACAGAUGAUGAGCUGAAAAAGCUCCUCGUUCCCGCACUCGCACACCGCAUCACGGCGUGUCAUGAUGGUUUCCGGACAUGGCUCAAGAGGUGGUACCUCACUGGAGCUCGAUUCGACAGUGUCGACUGGGCAAAGAGAUGCGCCUGGUUCACUCGAGGAAGCAUGACCUUUAGGGAAGCGUAUCAGCGAACCGGACGCAUCCUAAACGUCUCUUGCGUGCCGUCAGACCCACAUUCACCGACCAUACUUGCCAACUACCUCACCUCGCCCGACUGCGUAAUCUGGUCCGCCGUUCUGGCUUCCGCUGCUGUGCCAGGUAUCCUUAAUCCGGUCGUCCUGAUGAAGAAGAAUAAGGACGGCACGUUGGCGCCUUAUUCAUUUGGGCACAAGUGGAAAGACGGGAGCCUGCGAACGGACAUCCCACUAAAAACGCUCAACUUACAUUUCAACGUACGCUUCUCCAUAGUGAGCCAGGUUAAUCCUCAUAUCAACAUAUUCUUCUUCUCCUCGCGUGGGUCAGUAGGUCGACCGGUAACCCAUCGUAGAGGCCGCGGCUGGCGAGGCGGCUUCAUCGGCUCCGCUCUGGAGCAAUAUCUGAAGCUGGACCUCAAUAAGUGGCUCAAAGUGCUCCGUCAUCUCGAGUUGCUCCCACGCCCUCUGGGUCAGGACUGGAGCGAGAUCUGGCUCCAACGCUUCAGCGGCACGAUAACAAUUUGGCCAAAGUCCAUCCCGUCCGACUUCUAUUACAUCCUUACCGAUCCUACACCUCAACGUCUCGCUCGCAUGAUCCACGUUGGGCAACAAUCCGCCUUCCCCAAACUCAAGUUCAUCGGCAACCGCGCGAAGCUGGAACAAAUAAUCCAACAAGGACGACGCCAGUUCCGCCCUCGCACUACCCAGGAUGGUGGCCUAGCGGGCGUCCUCUCCGAAGACGAUCUCCGCAGCCUGUUGAAACGCACUAAGAGCGACGGCGAGAAUGGUGCUUCAUACCCAAUGUCCGGAUCUGAGUCGUCGUCUUCUGCCGGCCCAGGUUCACCAAAAGAUUUGCCGUUAGGUUUCUCCUUCACCACAAAGGAAAAGCGAGCACCCGCACGCCUGGCGACACAGCAGCCCUCUCAGCCUUCGGACAAACCUUCCGUACCAGACAGCCCAUCCCUCAGCCAGCGCUUAACCGGCUGGUGGUCCGCCCUCUCUCCCCGCGACGCCCAACAUCCCCCGUCUGAGAUACCAAAGCCACGCCUCCGUCCUCGCAAGUCACCAGGGGCAUCCCCCUUUAUGCCCGACCGCCCUUCUUCCAUCUUCCUGAAGGAGCUCAGGAGACAGAGUAGAGUCUUUGUAGACGAUGUUUCUGAUCCCGAGGACAACGCCGUUGCUAAUUUCGGCGAUGCAGGCAGGAGGUAUGAUCGUAAUGGACAUAGUGGGGAGAGUGGUGCGGAUGCGGAUGCUGGCGCUGAGGAUUAUGGUGACGAUGGAGAUGAUGAGGAUGAGGGUGCCGUGGAUGACCUUGAGCCUGAGGCCGAGGUUCAGAGUGCGGGUGUGGGAUUGGGUUUGGAGGGCAGGCCGUUGAAGUGA